AUACUGUUUAAUAUUUGACAGGCCUUUUCAGCGAUUCCUACAGUUCAGGUCACUGUCCAACAUGGAACCAAAAAGCAAAAGCAGGAUGCUAUGCAUGUUUGGAUGGAAAAUGUUACCAUAAGUCAUUUCGAAGUUUGCUUGCGUGAGUCAAGGGCAUUAGAUGGCGGGCACAACAAAAUUGUAGUGAACUGGUUGGCGUACGUGAACUAUUCAUCCUCGUGGAAAGCUGAAGAAUCACAUAAGCUUGUAUUUCCCAAGAGCGAGGUACCAGCUGCAGGAAAUAAUUAUGCUCUGUGCAUGACUAUCAAGUUUAAAGAGCCAUUUUUUAAGCCUCCCGUGAUACUCACAACAGUCCUCAAUGGAGACAGCAACAGUGCCAACAUACCUUACCCUUACAAAGGUCCUUUGGCAACCUGGCUCGAGGAAGUGAACAAAACUCACAGCCGAGUUUGCAUCAAGGACAGCGUGGGAUACAAUGGCCAGAGAAACGAUGUAAUUGUGAACUAUCUGGUUAUCGGAGACCUUGAUCCUUGCAGAGAUAUUAUCUGCACAUAUCACAGUUACUGCAAAGCGUAUACUCCUACCCAAUUUAAAUGCAUUUGUGAAGAACAUUGCCCGUCAUACGAAGAACAGGUCUGUGCCUCCAACGGUCGCACUUUUGGCAACCUCUGCUUGCUACAGAAAGACAUAUGUACACGACGUGCAAACUACACGAAGUACCAUCCUGGGAGCUGCACAGGUAAUGGGAACUGUCCUCUCGAAGUGAACAAAACUCACAGCCGAGUUUGCAUCAAGGACAGCGUGGGAUACAAUGGCCAGAGAAACGAUGUAAUUGUGAACUAUCUGGUUAUCGGAGACCUUGAUCCUUGCAGAGAUAUUAUCUGCACAUAUCACAGUUACUGCAAAGCGUAUACUCCUACCCAAUUUAAAUGCAUUUGUGAAGAACAUUGCCCGUCAUACGAAGAACAGGUCUGUGCCUCCAACGGUCGCACUUUUGGCAACCUCUGCUUGCUACAGAAAGACAUAUGUACACGACGUGCAAACUACACGAAGUACCAUCCUGGGAGCUGCACAGGUUUUCCAGUUCAGAGAGGAAGGCACGAAUUCAAAAACACUCCCUCCUGGGCACAAGAUCAGUGUGAAGUUAUCAAAUUUGAACCGUUAAUUUUUUAUCCUCUGAAGAUGAUCUAUGUGCAGCUCUCUGUGAAUCAUUUUAAUUACUCUGAUGCGAGUUUCGUGCACGAGGCCACCACACCUUGGGUUGAAAGUGUUAACAGCACUCAGUUUACAGCCUGUGUUACUCGAGCCGGCAGGAAUGACUAUCCAACAGAUAGCUUUGCCACAAUUGACUGGGUCGCCUACCAAGGUGCACCUCCUGGAGGAAUAGCAGGGGAAGAAACGUUUUCUAGAUGGUGGACUGGGACUAGUUGUCAAACAGUCACCUUUCCAAAGGGGAAGUUUUCCAAGUCACCGACGGUAUUUGCGACCGCUGAACACUACCGGUCUAGUCUAAUGCACGAUGCUGCCAGUGUGUGGCUCGAAGAUGUCUCAGCGAGUUCCUUUAAGAUCUGUCUUCGGGAACUACAAAACUUUGCUGGAGUUCAUGACGACAUCUCAGUGGUGUGUAUUAUUAAAUUUAACGUAACGCAUUGUGGUGCAAACUCAGCCGCAGAGUGUAACGGAAUCGUAAGCUGGAUUGAGUUUAUCACCAAAUAUGGAUUUCGCAUUUGUGCCAAAGAACUCUUUGUUAAACGUUUCGAUCCCAUCACAGUGUCAUAUGCAGUGCUAUCAGACAUUUGCGAAAAAGACUGGUUCUACUUCAGGGGAUAUUGCUACAGAAAAGUAGCUCCCUGCAGUUCAUGGAGCCUCAGUCAGGGAGCAUGCGCCAUACAAGGAGCUAAUCUUCCCAGUAUCCACAGCCAAGAAGAGAAUGUGUUCGUUCAAAGUUUGCACGGAGGAGAAAAGUCUUGGUUGGGCCUGUCUGAUAUCAACACAGAA